CUGUCCCUUUCCGAAUCCCUCUGUCGCACUUGAUCCCAGUCGAAAUAAUCUAACGAUAGGGACGGGUCAACUUGGUCAAAUAGAGGAAUCAAUCAAAAAGAAUCGCUGUUAGUAGUGCUUACUCAUAGCUUGAAGUAUGGUAAAGUGAACAUUGGGAUAUUCUUGGAUUUUUUUCUUUACAUCGACCGUUGAGGGGGUAGGCUACUCGUGGAGUUAAAAGGCGGACCACUUGUGUUUUCCCUGGUUCUGUCAGAUGAACAAGUCGUAAGAAGUCGAUACCACUCGCGCAUUUUUCCAGCUGACAUCUUUGUGUUAGCAAAGGAAAGCUCCCCCUGUCAUGGCUGCUCCAUCCUUCCUCCUCCUCUUCCCCCUGGGUUUGCUGUCUGCUGUGAGAUCAGCCUCACUGAUGGACCCUGGCUCUAUGACAUCAUCAGAUCCCUCCGUCCAGGCUCCUCAUUUGACUGGGUGUAAGUCCAGGGAACAGGAGACAUUUAGGUGUUGGUGGAGUCCCGGAAGCUUCCAGAAUCUCACGGAACCCGGAGCACUGCAAAUCCAGUACUGGAAGAAGAAUGACUUGACGAAGGAAUGGAAGGAGUGCCCUGACUACUCCUCCUCUGUGAAGAACGAGUGCUUCUUUAAUAAGAACAACACGGUUAUCUGGAUCAAAUACUGUGUGCGGCUCCACUCUGAACGCCAGAACAAAACCUACGAUACCUUGUGCUUCGAAUUGCAGGACAUUGUGCACCCUGACCCGCCAGUGGCUCUGAAUUGGACGCUGCUGAACAUCAGCCGGUCGGGCCUGAACUAUGACAUCAUGGCGAGCUGGGAACCCCCGCCCUCGGCCGACGUAUCAGUUGGAUGGUUGACACUGGUGUAUGAAGUCCAGUACAGGAGGAGGAACAGCUCACACUGGAAAGUGUUGGAGCAUGAGUUUGGCACCCAGCAGUCUAUCUACGGCCUUCAGACAGGAGAGGCGUACGAGGUGCGUGUGCACUGUGCAAUGAGGGCCUUCAAUAACUUUGGGGAGUUCAGUGAUGUCAUCUUUGUCCACGUGCCAGAGAUUCCCAAUAAAGAGUCAACAUUCCCUGUGACUCUGGUCCUGAUCUUCGGGGCUGUGGGCGUGGCCAUUCUCCUCAUGCUCAUCAUCUUCUCUCAGCAGCAGAGAUUGAUGGUGAUUCUGCUGCCUCCUGUCCCUGCACCCAAAAUCAAAGGGAUAGAUCCAGCACUGCUUAAGAAGGGAAAGCUGGACGAGCUGAACUUCAUCCUGAGUGGAGCUGGUAUGGGGGCUCUCCACUCCUACCCCCCGGACCUGUACCAGGACGUGCCCUGGGUGGAGUUCAUCGAGCUGGACGCAGACGAGCCUGAGCCUGGGGAGAAGGACAACCAGAGCUCAGACUCACAGAGACUGCUGGGUCACAAUAACCACCACACAAACCAUGGCUGCUUUCAUGGCCUCAGUAUCCCUGAUGAUGACUCUGGCCGGGCCAGCUCCUAUGAUCCAGAGCUGCCUGACCAGGAGACUCUGAUGUUAAUGGCUGCCCUCCUGUCCUGCCAACCCAACAAAGUUGAGCCAUGCUUGGGGAACUGUAGCCACUCAAGCACCCCAUCCCUAGAUGUGCUGGAGGUCCCAUGCCCCGGGCUCCAGGCUCCAGACUUACCUCCAGAGGGAGGGGAGAGGCACCUGGUCCAGACCCAGCUGGGAGGCCCUCAGAGCUGGGUUAACAUGGACUUCUAUGCCCAGGUCAGCGAUGUGACGCCCACCGGAGGGGUGGUGCUCUCGCCAGGCCAGCAGGUCGGAGCCCCGGAGAACACUCCAACAACAGAUAAGGAUAAGAAAGGAAAAAUGGAGGGAGGAGAGGAGGAGAGUGAGGAAGAGGAGGAGAGGAGAACGAACAAGCUGAAGUUUCAGUUGCUGGUGGUUGCUCCUGAGGCAGGGGGCUACACGACAGAGAGCAGUGGCCGGCAGAUGAGCACCCCUGACCCCUCCUCACCUGGGGAGGUCUACCACACCUUCCCCCUACCUUCUGCCGAGAGCAAGCCCCACCAGGAGGCCUAUCUUCCUGCUACCACCCUCCUAGGGGACUACCAGUCCCCCUACAUCCUUCCUGACUCCCCCCCUGCUCAGUUCCUCCCCCCUGUUUCGGACUACACUGUGGUUCAGGAUGUUGAUUUCCAGCACAGCCUUCUCCUCAACCCCCCUUCCCCCCAGAGGUCCCCUACUUGUUCCCCACAACCUCCCUCCAAGCCCCUGCCCGUCAUGCCCAUAGGGUACCUCACCCCAGACCUGUUGGGCAACCUCUCGCCUUAAGAAAAACUACACCGCCCAGGAGGCCUUGGGGCGUAGAGGUUGGAGGCCACUUGUCAUGAAGUCAAUAAUCAUCACAGACAGCCUUGUUCUACUUGAUCAAUGUUGGAAGCCAAAUAUCUCACGGGACAGACUCGAAAACAAGCAUGGUCGUUUGUUCGACAGUUUGCUUGAAGGGAAGCUGAGGAAGAGAAAUGUUUAGUUGUUGUGUUUGGCUUUUAUGAGUGACUGGAACUUGAGGAAAGAGCUUCUGUAAAAUUGGCCUUUCUGGUUUGACAGAGCUUAAAGUGAUACGUGA